UGCCUCCGUUUGCUUUCUUUCUUUGCCUCUGAUCUACUUUUCGAUCUAUUUUCAGAUCCACUGCUGGAAUUAAGAUUUAAACUCGUUUCGAGGAUUUUCCAGCAAAGCAGGAGAAUAGAGCCUGAAGGGUUUUUUGAAAAGUCUCAUCAUAAAAGCAACAUAUUUUGUGUUUUGAGGUUUCCCUCUCCAGGCAGCCAAAAUUCCCCCCAAACGCAGACAGCAGGACCGUCCUGCGCUUUCACGGCUCGCUGGCAGGAAGGGACUGGUGGCAGCGGGGGUCCUGGGGAUCAUGAUGGUUCUGGUUUUGGUUGUCCUUAUUCCAGUGCUAGUGAACUCAGCUGGAACAUUAACGCACUACGAGAUGCUCGGCGCUUGUAGGAUGGUGUGCGACCCAUACAGCACAACCACUCCAAGCAGCACCGGCGCUCCAGACGCGGUCCCGGACAACAGCCUCCUGCAGUCGUUGCCCACUUUUAUCCAGGGUCCCAGAGGAGAACCGGGCCGUCCGGGUAAAGUGGGACCAAGAGGAGCUGCAGGUCAACCGGGACACCCCGGUCCAGCUGGGCCACCGGGAAAUAGAGGUGAACCGGGAAAACCUGGUUUACCAGGACCCCCGGGACCCGGCGCAGUUGCUGGCGCAAUCAGCGCCGCAACCUACAGCACUGUGCCAAAGAUCGCCUUUUACGCAGGACUGAAAAAGCAGCACGAAGGAUAUGAAGUACUCAAAUUUGACGACGUAGUGACCAAUUUGGGAAAUCACUACGACCCAACUUCUGGAAAGUUCACGUGUUCCAUUCCUGGGAUUUAUUUCUUCACGUAUCACGUUCUGAUGCGUGGAGGAGAUGGAACCAGCAUGUGGGCGGAUCUGUGCAAAAACAAUCAGGUACGUGCCAGUGCCAUAGCCCAGGACGCUGACCAAAAUUAUGACUACGCCAGUAACAGCGCCGUGUUGCAUCUGGAGCCAGGAGACGAGAUCUACAUCAAACUAGACGGAGGCAAAGCUCAUGGAGGCAACAACAACAAGUACAGCACCUUCUCUGGGUUUAUUAUUUAUGUUGAUUAGAUGCUGGCUUUACAUACAACAAUUGUCAUAACUUUAUUUUGCUGGUGAAACAGAAAAUAUAAUUCUCUCUCUGUAAACUAAAUCUUCUGAAUUUGGGAAGAUAAAUUGUUAAAACUCUUAAUUUUAGUUGCUUUUAUGUUUUAAAAGACAGUUGUGUUGAUGCAGGAAAAAAUCUGAAACAUGCAGGGCAGAGGACACUCAAGUCCAGUACUGGAAAACACUGAGAUAACAGUCACAUGAUUUAACAUGCUUCUUCAAAAAUAUGUAAAAGGAAUCAGUUGUACACAAAUUUAGAUCAAUUAUUAAGAUACAAGGUGAAAUAUAUCACUAUCCUCUAAGCAUGGUGUGUUACCAAUGAAGAACAAUGGACAUAUUGUUUCAACUGCUAGAAUGUUUGUAAAAAGUACAAGUUAAAGAAAUGCUGGUGGCACUUCACAAUAAUUUGACAUAAUAUAUCAAUUAAUGAGGAACUUCUGUCUGCUGUUUCUCAAAUCAGACCUAUUUUGUUGUCUUUUUCUUCAUGCAAACUAAAAGACAUUAAGUAAGUGAGCUAGAUAAUCUUAGCAUUAAGUUCAGCAUUUUAAAAAGAUGUAUGACAGUCUGAUGAGGAUCUGAGGAAUCUGAUGAAACUCACAACGUUGUUCCUGCAGCCAACAGAAAGGAGGGACACUCCUUUGCUCCCCUCACUGUCUUCUGCAGGACAGAGGACAGUUGGGGGGUAAUGUCUGUGGUGCUGCAGCUGCUGUAUGACAUUGAGGUGCAGUACAUCAACACACUCUC